AUGGUUAAGAUUAGAGAUCCUGAACAGCAGCUUGAGAUGGUGGGUGUCCCUGAAGAACACAUUCAAGGCCAUGCAUUCCAUCUGUAUCGUCUCACUUCUCCUGAUGACAGUGUUUCAUUUGAGUUCCAGCACAAUGUUUGUGGUCGUUCGAUCUACGCUGAAGGAACUAUUGAUGCUGCAAUAUUUCUGCAUAGGAAGGUACAAUCAAAGGACUCUUAA